AACCGAUUCUCAUUCCUCAACCACGCGCCGUGACAUCACUGGACCCUCGACCGAGACAACCGAUGCCAACCUAGAAGACAAAUAGCAUUGCGGUCUUGCCCCAAUCUAAGCUUCCAACCUUAACAACAGCACAGUCAGUUAGUUCAAGUACGUACGUGAUUGAUAACCCGCCCCUCUUCGCCCACCCGAUCAAUACACUCUCGAUUGAAGAUGACGGCCACCCACAACUCCUACGCCCCCGGCCACGACGCCUCCCAGACCAAACACCACGAGUGGCGCACAGCCGAGAACAGCGCGGUCCACCUCCUCCCGCACCUCGCCCGCCUUGCGCCUCAUACGCCCCACCUCAAACUCCUCGACGUCGGCGCCGGGUCAGGCACCAUCACUGCCUCUCUAGCAAAGUACCUCCCACCCGGCGGUCGUAUCACCGCAACAGAUAUUUCCGACGAUAUCCUCUUGCGCGCGCGUAAUCACGCCGCGACUCAAAGCUUGGGAACCGACAAGAUCACCUUCCUUAAGGCCUCAGUCUACCACCUUCCCUUCCAAGACGGCGAAUUCGACGUCGUCCACGCGCACCAGGUCCUUUCCCACUUGGGCGCGCCCGUCGACGCCAUCAGGGAGAUGUUCAGGGUCUGCAGGCCUGGCGGCGGCGGGGUGGUCUCGCUUAGGGAAACGGACAUGGCCAUGUGGUGUUUCUGGCCCGAGACGCCAGCGCUGCAGGAGGGGUUCCGAGGGUUGAUGGCGCGGACGCUAACUGCCAACGGCGGGCAGGAUCGGGCGGGGAGGAGGUUGGUCUCGUGGGCGUUGGCGGCGGGCGUGCCGAGGGGGCAGAUCGAGGCUGGAUUUGGGACGUGGUGUUAUAGUGAACCGGGGGAUCAAAGGGCUUGGGGCGAGGCAAUGAUCGAGAGGCUGAAGACGGGGCAGAUGCGCAGCAAGGGGAUUGAAAUGGGGAUUACUACAGAGCAGGAGAUUGAGGACAUGAUCAAGGCGUGGAGGGAGUGGGUCGAGACCGAGGAUGCCACGCUGGGCAUUAUGAACGGGGAGGUCAUCAUCAAGAAGGGCUCAUAACCGGGUAUAGUGAACUUGAAACAGGCGAGGAGCAGGCACGUACUACACCUCAGGUCAAGUGUAAAUCCGGAUUGGUGGACAUCCAAACGACCUUGCUGGUUCAGGUGCUCGCACAGCCUUAU